CUUCUACUACAACCUGCAGGAGCGGUCGUGCAAGGUGAUUAAGUUCCCCGUGGGCAUCCUGCGGCCGGACUGGCUGGUGGGGGCGGUGCUGGUGAGGGAGGGCGAGGUGGUGGACGGCAAGUUCCGCUGCCGCGUGUGGACCAAGGCCGACUUCAUUCUCUACUACGAGGACAUGGAGACUGGUUUUCCAGUGAAGUGGAUUUUCCUUGGAAGUGGAGGAAUCUUCCAUGUGCUCUCCUUUGAACCUGGCGCCACCUUGCUCGAUGAACAAUGGCAAGCACCAGCAAUGUGCUUUCAUUAA